GGAAUGCUUCUUUCAGCAGCAGCAACAGUUAUUCAGGCACCUCGGUAGCUUGCUAGACAAAAUAGACCAACCAGUAAAACUCUUUAGACGCUUUAGUGUAUAUUAGCCACUGUAUUUUAAACCCUCGUCUGUCGUCUAGUUAUUUAGUUAUCCUAUUUCAUUUCAUGUUUACGGUGCUGUUGUUAUUAUUCAGCUAGCGGGCUGGUUAAGUUAGCAUUAGCCUAGCUAGCUAACAUCUCCGACCAUGAGUUCACUAAAUUACUCUCUUCCUGCUGAAGAAGAGACGGUCUGUUGGACGGAGAAAGAAGCUCUCAUCAAAGAGGAGGAGGAAGAGAAGGAUGUUACAAUACAAAAACAAGUAGAGGGUGAGGUUGUUACAGGGAAAGAAGAAGAGAAAGACGUUACAGUGAAAGAGGAGGAGGGUGUUACAGUAAAAGAUGAGGACGAUUCAGUUUUUGAAGUGAAAGCGGAGGAUGGGGAGUUUACGGUCUCAUCGGAAGAAGAGGAGGAAGAAACUGAAUAUCUGGGCCCGAUUUCCCAAACGCAAUUUAAGGCAUCCAGUGGUUCUAAAGAUGAACUUAGCCAUAAGAUGGUUUUGAGAAACCGGGCCGUGAUUACCACUGGAGAGAUACGGGACUAUCGUGGAUCCUCUGGGGAGCCUCAUCAACAACAUGAUGCUGAAGAGGCAGAGAAGAGUCUCUCCACAUCAGAACACCUCAAGAAACACCAGUGGAGACCAACAGGGAAGAAAUCUCACCGCUGCUCUGACUGUGGGAAGAGAUUCACCUCAUCAGGCAUUAAAAUUCAUCAGAGAAUCCACACAGGAGAGAAACCUUUUAGCUGUGGUCAAUGUGGAAAGAGUUUUUCAACAUCUGGCUCUCUGACUCUGCACCAGAGAACACACACAGGAGAGAAACCUUAUAGCUGUGGUCAAUGUGGGAAGAGAUGUUCUACAUCUGGCCAUCUGACUGUACACCAGAGAAUACACACAGGAGAGAAACCUUACAGCUGUGAUCAAUGUGGGAAGAGUUUUUCUUCUUCUAGCAGUCUAACUAAACACCAUAGAACACACACAGGAGAGAAACCUUAUAGCUGUGAUCAAUGUGCGAUGAGUUUUAGUCAAUCUGGUUCUCUGACAGUGCACCAGAGAACACACACAGGAGAGAAACCGUUUAGCUGUGGUCAAUGUGGGAAGAGUUUUGGUCAAUCUUGCCAUCUGGUAUCACACCAGAGAACACACACAGGAGAGAAAUCUUAUAGCUGUGGUCAAUGUGGGAAGAGUUUUUCUUCUUCUAGCUGUCUAACUAAACACCAUAGAACACACACAGGAGAGAAACCCUAUAGCUGUGAUCAAUGUGGGAAGAGUUUUAGUCAAUCUGGAGAUCUGACACUGCACCAGAGAACACACACAGGAGAGAAACCGUUUAGCUGUGAUCAAUGUGGGAAGAGUUUUGUUCGAUCUGGCCAUCUGACAGUGCACCAGAGAACACACACAGGAGAGAAACGUCUUAGCUGUGACCAGAGAUAAUCUGAUAAAAGAUCUCUGAUCAAAUAUCAGAACAUUUAUAUAUGAAGGAGUUGUUUCAUGAUAUCAAUGAAUUAAUGUCACAAUGUAGAAUGUUUUAACAUUGUAGUAAGAGUAUUUUAAUGUCUCAAUGUAGAAUGUUUUAAUAUAUAGUAUAUUAAUAUACUCUGCAGUAAGUCAGUCAGAAUGUCACAAUGUAGAACCCUAAACGUUUGCGAAUUGAUUUCAACAUGAUAUGGACAUUAGGCUCAUUGGGGGAAAUCCAGGCUCUGAAUUGAAAGAGUACUAUUUAUGUGAUUUAACACAAAGUGACUAACAAAAAAAGAGUUGUCCUCUAACCAGUUAUGUACACAUUAUUCCCAGAAUCAACUGAUUUCAACAUAAUAUCGAUGAGUUAUGACAAAUAAGGGUUGUGUUCCUUUGUUUAGCAACCCCUACAUUUAAAUGCAUCACUCCAAUAUGUAGCUGACUGUCUCUAACCAGUGAGGUAAAAUAUAUCUCCCAUUUCCAUGUGUUUUUUUAGUUGUGUUAGUUUCAACAGCACGUACAACCUGAUGUCCCCCCUAAUCGAUAUCAGUGAUUUAUUGCUACUUGUUAAAAGAACAGCGUUUCUGGUGCUUGUGCAGUUUAUAAGGUGUUUGUUUAAGUAAUAUGAUUAUUGUGGCAGAUGUUUGUGUAUAUAGCACAUUUUACAUUUAGGUUUUCAAUUUAUCACAAACUGUUUCUGCAUUUGGACUAUUGAUUUGGACACGUUUAAACUGUGACAUUGGGGAUA